GGGUCUGGAGGCUUUCUCAAUCUUGCUCGCCUCAUCUCCUACGCACCCGGCAGUGCGACCUGGUCGGCAGUCAUCUUUAGCGCCGGCCCCAAUCUCAACGCUAUUGUUCAUCCACACGCGCCAUGGCCACCGAACAUAUCGCACCUCCUCCGCCUCCGGCGCCAGCGCAACCGGUCCAGUCGCCGGCCCUCUCGCGCCCGGACCAUCGUCACUCAUUAACUGCGCCGCCGCCCCCACCUCCGCCGUCGGUCCUUGCACCACCUCCGGGCCCUGGUCCCGGCCCCGGGCACAGUCCGGCUACCGGUACCGGCCCCGGCUCCGUUGCAGCCUCCGUAGCUGCACCUCAACAGGUGGCUCAUCCUCACAGUCACGCACAUCCUCACGCCCACACCCACGCCCAUCCUCAUCCAUCUGCGCCGCCACCUUCUUCUGUGCCCUAUGGCUCAUCCCUGGAUCCCGCCAUCAAGCACUUACUCGACCAACAAGCCGAGAUCCAGGCCAAGCUGGCCGCUCUUCUUCCUCAGAAAUAUGGACCCAACAUCAAGGUGGAGCUUGACAUGUUGCGCCAUAAGUACCGUGUCCUGCGCGCAUAUGCCGACGAGAAUCUAUUGUCUGACAAGAUUCCCGUCUUGUCUGACAUCGAGGAAGCAAGAUCACUUCAGUAUCAGUGCGAAUGUAUCGAAAGUGCAUGUCUCGAGCACGGCGUCGAUCUCGGUGACCCCAGAUUCGUUGACGUGCUCAAGUACGCGUUCUAUCGCGACCAAGCACCGGAAGGGUAUGCCGCUUGGCUGGACAGGAAUUUGUCACAUUACGAUCCCGUCUGCAAAGCUGUUCGGUUGCGCGACAGCUUGCCACUGGCUUUCCGUCAACACCACUCCCACAAGUGCUGGGAUGAACGUUGCACACAUUACAUCUACGGAUAUCCUCAUCCAGAUGACCGGGACCAGCAUGUUAAAGAGCACGCGGCCGUGUACAAGAGGGACUCAGGUCUCUCCUUCGGUGGCACCCCGCCCAUGAUCUUCCCUGAGCCGUUGAGUGCGAGCUAUAAUGGAGAAUAUCACAAACCACCCUCUUCAUAUCACCACCUCCCUCGUCCUAACUCGGGCCUUCAGCUUGCUCCUCUAGCAACGAGUAGCCAACCAAAGGAUCACCGCGAAGCCCUUAAGAGCUAUUCUUUUGUUCCGGAGAAGCCUCCUGGACCUCCUAGAGGCUCGGUUGACUCCGAGGUUGACCCGUUACUUCCGCCCCUGAAGCGUAGCCGAGUAGGCCAGCCGCGAUUGGAGUCCAUAGGAGAGCUUCGACUUCUGAGGGAAAAUGGGCCCUGUCUACGGUGUAGAACGAUGAAGAAGAGCUGCGAUUCCAAUGAUCCCUGUGCGUUCUGCCCCGACAUGGCAAGCUCUCCGAAUAAUGAUUUCUGGGGAGCCCUUGGGUGUUUUCGAGGAUCACUGAGUAAUCUCACCGACAUUAUGCUUCCAGCCUAUCUGUCACCCAGACAGAUGCAGACGCCCAUGACUUCUCCUCUUGCUAUUCGCCGCAGCAUGAACGAAUUCUUGGACAGAGGUUACGCUGUUGGCCCAGAUGUCACCAACAUGGUGAAGGCUCAUUUGGAUUUCAAUGAUCGCUUUUGGUGGACAGACGACCUCUCGAACCUGCCGCUCGCCAAUCCAACACUCGCUUCGUUCUCUCAGGAACCCGUUGAACGGUCACCCCCUGUUCUAAACGUCCUUGCCUCCAGUUGGAACCUGAAUGGGACCAUGUACAACUUUUGGAAACUGCUACACUUGAGCGGCUCGAUCUCAGACGGACGGAUGCACGAAGUGACGACCUACCCUGUCCUAUAUCGCGCCAAGCUUCUGCUUCGUGAAACGCUUUUCUACGACUUCCAGCAACCGGAACCCGCAAUUCAUGGAGAGAUGACGAGCCCCGGAAGCCAUGUGGUCUUCGACGAUGUGGACACGUGCGGUCGCUUCCGUGUGUUAUACAACUGCAUGACACAAUUUCUCCAGGCCUUUGAAGCCCAGACAAUGCGACCUACAAUACCGGAUCCCCGGAGCUGGCUCGCCCUUUUCUACUCACUAUGCAUAUUCAGUGUAGUGAGGACUUUGUUGGUGGACCGAAUGGCGCAAUCACGGAUAACUUCACCUUCUCAGCAAGGCGUUCCUGCCAUGCAUGCCGUGUACAAAGCGCUGGUGAGCGUAUUCACUUGGUCCGCGCCUAUGCUGCUUGACGGGUCUGACAUCGAGAUGAGUCAUGGUGACCGCGAGCUAUUGACUUCCGCAGCCACUAUAUUGGAAAGGGGUACGUGGACUGAACGGGGUAUCGCAACCACCAAGGACUUUCUGAUGUAUCUUGGUAGUGGGGAGAUAGAAGGAUCUUAUUUCAAUGGGUUCCUGAAGCAGAGAUCACCAGCAAAGCCGGGGUCAUUUCUUCUGCCUCCCAUUACAAGAUCGGGGGAAGAUGCCAGAAAGCCACUGCCAGAUACACGAUCGAUUGCCAAUCCAUGGCAUUCCAGGAUAUCAACCCAACCAGAGAAGGAGCCUUUUUCCUACAAUGUUUUCACAGGAGAGUCAGAUCGGAUCCUGACUUCUCAAGUGAUGGAGGCGGGAAGGCGGCAUACUGUUGCUGAAAGCCCAACAUACAUGAGAGGAGGUGGCCGAGGCCCAACGUCACCCAUUGCUGCUGCAAGAAUCAGAUCGUCAUACCAGCGGCCACCGUUACGAAGAGUAUACUGUACGAAGUGCAACGAAUAUCCAGAGGGGUUCCGAGGCGAGCAUGAACUUCGGAGGCACAACGAUGCGAAACACGCUGCAUUGGUUAAGAGGUGGGUAUGCACGGAACCGCACGAGCCAGGCUCCCCGUUACCCGUCGUUCCGUUGGCAAAGUGUAAGGCAUGCGUAACACAGAAACGAUAUGGAGCCUACUACAAUGCCGCUGCACAUCUGAGGAGAGCGCAUUUCAACCCUCAUCGAGGGGGCAAAGCAAGCGGAGACUGGCCGCCCAUGGCGAUUCUCAAGGACUGGAUGCGUGAGGUUCGGCAGUCCAUCGAUAUUCAGGAUCAGGAUGACGCCUCAAGUGGUGAAGAUGAGACACAAGACUACAAGUCGAUGCAUGACUUUAUGUCACCGACUGAACAACAUGCUCCAGUGUUGGAGAUACCACGUCUUGCCCCAGCUCCUCCACCACCACCUCCUCCAUCACAACCACACCAUGGUCCGCCGUUAUUAAUGCCUUCAGUUGACAGGCUUGGCGCUACUGGGCCGCCGCAACUCGUAAUGCAAGGCGGCCAGGGAGUUUUCCUUGCUCCCAACCCGGGGUUGAAAGCCGAUGAGUCAUCACAUCCGCCCAGCGCGACCUCAUCUGCUCGAAACCGUUGUCCUAUUCCUGAAUGCGGCCGAGUGUUUAAGGAUCUCACGGCACAUAUGCUCACACACAUGGAAGAAAGACCCGAGAAGUGCCCUAUAGAGUCCUGCGAGUACCACAUUAAGGGAUUUGCCAGAAAGUAUGACAAAAACAGACAUGCGCUGACGCAUUACAAGGGCACCAUGGUAUGCCCCUUUUGUCCUGGAGCUGGGACGGCAUAUGAGAAGGCUUUCAACCGGGCCGAUGUGUUCAAACGCCACUUGACCGCCGUGCACAACGUUGAACAGACACCACCAAAUAGUAGAAAGUUGAUAUUGACCACCGGGGGGCGGUCCGGUGGGGUUGGCGCCAGAUGUAGCAUCUGCCAAAGUCAGUUUGCCACCGCGCAAGAAUUCUACGAACAUUUGGACGACUGCGUUUUGAAUGUCAUCGUCCCGUCCACGCCAAAGACGGCGGGCAGCAGCAGCGCAACCACCAGGAAGGACUCUUUAGCCACAAAGACGCCCACCACUGCAAGCACCGACAAGGGAAAAGAGCUCGAUAUUGAGCUUGAGAUGCAUCGGCGCCGAGAGUCCGCGCACGCGCUACCGCCGCCUCCUCAUAUCCAAACCCUACCAAGAGAUCAUCCAGAGCCAGAGCCUAUUAAGCAGCAAGGCCUCAGCGCCAGGGACGCACAAAAUCUCAAGCUAGUCGCCGACUCCGUGUUGGAGAAUGAAGCAAUGCUUGCCAGUAUUGGCAGGGACGCGCCUGAGCAAGAGAUUGCUGGAUCAGAAAUCCAAGCACCUCUCCCACAGCCACCAUCAGAGGCAUAUCUGCCCCCUUCUUCGUCAUAUUUACCUAGACAGGUAUCUGUAACCGAGCCAACAUUGGAGAAUCAGAUUGUCCCGUCGAAGGGGCAAGAAGAAAGGAUCGACAGGGAAAUGGGUGAUGCUGAUGGGAACCUAUCCAAGGAGCCGCAGUCGACUGGAACACCUUCCGCUGCUACGAGCUACGUGGAAGCGAUGAGGCUGCGUCGCAGCCCGGAGGUGACACUAGGUUCACCACUGCCAACGGAUGAGAUGAAGACGGAUUAGAUGGGAAGAACAAGAGGAACUUGAGAGUGGAUACACGAUGUCGAUGUAUGGAUUUUGAUAUGCGGUUGAUGAUUUAAGUGAUUAAUGAUGUAAUGGGUUUCUUUUUAUGUCAUAUUGCUCCCCUCUUCUACUUUCUUACUACUUAUAUACGACGGCCUAGAUACCGGUGUCAUGCCACUUCCUCGGUUUGCUUAUGGGGUUUUGCUGCUGG